CUGAGGGACAGGUACACACUGAGGGACAGGUACACUCUGAGGGACAGGUACACACUGCUGAACAGGUACACUCUGAGGGACAGGUAUACACUGAGGGACAGGUACACUCUGAGGGACAGGUACACACUGAGGUACAGGUACACACUGAGGGACAGGCACACUCUGAGGGACAGGUACACUGAGGGACAGGUAUACACUGCUGAACAGGUACACUCUGAGGGACAGGUACACUCUGAGGGACAGGUACACACUGAGGGACAGGUACACACUGCUGAACAGGUACACUCUGAGGGACAGGUACACACUGAGGGACAGGCACACUCUGAGGGACAGGUACACUCUGAGGGACAGGUACACUCUGAGGGACAGGUACACACUGAGGGACAGGCACACUCUGAGGGACAGGUACACUGAGGGACAGGUACACACUGAGGGACAGGUACACUCUGAGGGACAUGUACACACUGCUGAACAGAUACACUCUGAGGGACAGGUACACUCUGAGGGACAGGUACACUCUGAGGGACAUGUACACACUGCUGAACAGGUACACUCUGAGGGACAGGUACACUCUGAGGGACAGGUACACUCUGAGGUACAGGUACACACUGAGGGACAGGCACACUCUGAGGGACAGGUACACACUGCUGAACAGGUACACUCUGAGGGACAGGUACACUCUGAGGGACAGGUACACACUGAGGGACAGGUACACACUGCUGAACAGGUACACUCUGAGGGACAGGUACACUCUACUGAACAGGUACACUCUGAGGGACAGGUACACACUGCUGAACAGGUACACUCUGAGGGACAGGUACACACUGAGGGACAGGCACACUCUGAGGGACAGGUACACACUGCUGAACAGGUACACUCUGUGGGACAGGUACACUCUGAGGGACAGGUACACUCUGAGGUACAGGUACACACUGAGGGACAGGCACACUCUGAGGGACAGGUACACUGAGGGACAGGUACACACUGAGGGACAGGUACACUCUGAGGGACAGGUACACACUGCUGAACAGGUACACUCUGAGGGACAGGUACACUCUGAGGGACAGGUACACACUGAGGGACAGGUACACACUGCUGAACAGGUACACUCUGAGGGACAGGUACACUCUGAGGGACAGGUACACACUGAGGGACAGGUAUACACUGCUGAACAGGUACACUCUGAGGGACAGGUACACACUGAGGGACAGGCACACUCUGAGGGACAGGUACACUGAGGGACAGGUACACACUGAGGGACAGGUACACUCUGAGGGACAUGUACACACUGCUGAACAGGUACACUCUGAGGGACAGGUACACUCUGAGGGACAGGUACACUCUGAGGGACAUGUACACACUGCUGAACAGGUACACUCUGAGGGACAGGUACACUCUGAGGGACAGGUACACUCUGAGGUACAGGUACACACUGAGGGACAGGCACACUCUGAGGGACAGGUACACUGAGGGACAGGUACACACUGAGGGACAGGUACACACUGAGGGACAGGUACACUCUACUGAACAGGUACACUCUGAGGGACAGGUACACACUGCUGAACAGGUACACUCUGAGGGACAGGUACACUCUGAGGGACAGGUACACACUGAGGGACAGGUACACACUGCUGAACAGGUACACUCUGAGGGACAGGUACCCUCUACUGAACAGGUACACUCUGAGGGACAGGUACACACUGCUGAACAGGUACACUCUGAGGGACAGGUACACACUGCUGAACAGGUACACUCUGAGGGACAGGUACACUCUGAGGGACAGGUACACACUGAGGGACAGGUACACACUGCUGAACAGGUACACUCUGAGGGACAGGUACACACUGCUGAACAGGUACACUCUGAGGGACAGGUACACACUUGGUGUUGGG